GCUCACCCACUUAGAUAGCUUCUUUUACAAAGUUUCAUGUCCUCUUCAUCUCAUUUUCUAAUGUAAUUUUGCAUUAGCUAGCAAGCUUUUCCCUCUUUGCAUUUACUUGUUUCUUUUUUCUUCUAAUUCAACUAGGAAAAUGCUAUUUUUCUUUGGUGUUCCAUGUUCUCUCUUCUGCUUCUUCAAUCUCAUGCUACUCAUUCAUUCCCUAAGUUUUAAUCUAACAGUAUCGUUAGAUGGAUCGGGCAAUUUCAAACGCAUUAGCGAUGCAAUAGCAGCCGCUCCUAACAAUUCCAAUACCCGAUUUUAUAUUCAUGUAGCCCCUGGCACUUACCAUGAAACUCUCCAAAUUCCAAGGCUUAAGAAGUUCAUUGCUUUGGUAGGCGAUGAUCCAUUCACGACCAUUAUUAUAGACAAUCGAAGUAAUGGAACCGGAUUCAAGACCAAUAACUCUGCAACCCUUACCGUCCAAGGUGAUAACUUUAUGGCAGAAUCUUUAACGUUUGAAAACUCAGCCGGACCUCAAAACAAUCAGGCAGUAGCGGUCUUUGACAAAGCCAACCAUACUGCUUACUAUAAGUGCAGAUUUUUGAGUUUUCAAGACACGUUAUAUGUCAACGGAAAGCCCCAAUUCUUUAAGGAGUCCGACAUAUAUGGAAGUGUUGAUUUCAUCUGUGGAUAUGGGCAAGUAAUGUUUCAAGAUUGCAAUAUAUAUGCUCGGAUGCCGAUCAAUUCUAUCACAGUCACAGCACAAUCCAAAUAUAUUUUACGUUCUGUCAGCGGUUUUUCAUUUCAAAACUGUACAGUCACAGUUUCACGUGAAAUAUCUUCAAAUAAACAGAACGUUAAAGUGUUUCUCGGUCGUCCAUGGAAACAAUAUUCAAAAGUUGUGUUUAUGGAAUCAUUUCUCGAUGAUGUGGUGGCGUCGGAAGGGUGGGUGGAGUGGAUAGGGGUACCAGUUAACAACUUGUUCUAUGGAGAGUUCAACAACUGCGGUCCUGGGGCUGACGUUUCCAAAAGAGUUAAUUGGACUAGCUAUCAUUUAUUAGAUAAGGAAUCAGCCCUUCGUUUUACGGUAGAUAACUUUGUAAAUGGAUCUGAAUGGUUGCCUGAAACUGGAAUUCCCUUUAGACGUGGACUUCAUUCCUAAUGAAAAUUAUAUAGUUUGUUAAUUAUAGCUAAGUUGCAUGCUUAUAUGUAAAGAUGAUAUGAAAUUGUAAUGUAGUAAUUUCUUAGAAGGAACUACACUUGAAAUUAUACUAAUUAAAGUUGUUGUUGA